AUGCGUUCCCUCAGGGAUAAUAGGAUAAAUCUCAACACUACAUUCGGUAUCUACACAAGACACGUAAGGCCGCUAGCGCACCUGCGCAGGAAAGGCAAUGGUGGUGAUGAUGUGUUUCCCUAUAAAAUGUUUAAUAAACUCAUUUUCUGUAUGUUCAUAUUCGAUAGUUUAAAUUUAAUUGAGGGCGGAAAACGCCCCUUCGUUGUGGUGUUCCAUAAUGUCACAUGUCUCACCUUUGACUCAAUUUGUCCGGAAGCAGAGUGUGAUUUAAUUAAAUUGGGCACCAGUCGCUAUUCCCUGAAUGUAAUGUUCAAGCUUUCGAGGACAUUGCCACAACAUCUUGAGGCCAGAGCUCUUAUUAGUAUUAAAGGAUUUACACGAAAUGACACUGUGACAUUUUUAGACGUCAAGAUGAAUAUAUGUGAUCUUAUACAACAUGUAAAGUACGUGCCUCUUAUCGAUCAGAUCAUGAACAAGUUAAGAAGAGUCACCAAUGUGCCAAUGUCAUGUCCUGUUAAGGGGAACACCAUGUACAACAUUACUAACUUGGUUAUAACGGAUGAACUGUUUCCAGUGUACGCCCCACCUAUUCAUUUCAAUGUUACUAUUAACUUUUUGGAUAACAAAAAAUUGUUGGCAUUAUAUCGACUACAGGGGACUAUAGCAAAAGCAUGAGGAAUUGUUGCAUUCACCCAUAUUGUUGCUAUGCAAGUUGAUAUCUUAUGAGAGAUCUUAUAUCUGUAUGAACAUACUUGCUGUGGUCACAACUAACUGUAUGUUUGUUGUUUUAUGUAUUGAAUUUUUGGUAUAUAUUGAAAUAAACUACACUUGUGCCAAAACCA